AUGAACCCACAACCAGACCCACCCCCUGAACCAAACCCGCCACCAAACCCACCACCAAUCAGCAACCCACCGUCCGAUCUGAACCUACAACCAGAACAUGCAGCUGAUAACAGUCAUUUCCCCCCACUCCAAUCGGACCAAAAUUCAAAAGCAUCCACAUCACCGUCCAUCGACCUUCGUUCCACAAAAAAAGCCCGUGUGAAAGAGAAGCAAUGGGAUUUUUUUGGGGGAAGAACUAUUGCUUCUGAAAAUUCUAACCCUCAUCCGGCCCCGAUGAGUUUCAAGGAUAAGAUGCUCCGUGGUCAACGGCAUAGGGAUUGCCCGAUGUUUGAGACUGAGGACAUAGAGAUUGAGGAUCUGCAUCAGGAAGUAGUAUUGAUAAAGGAUGGACAAAUGCCCUGGGUCGUCAUCUCAGAUAAGGUGGAAGCCUUAUUAGCCCAACCUUGGGAAAAUGUUGUGAUACUUAAGGUAAUGGGGAAUCGCCUUACUUAUUCAGCCUUGUGUAAUAGGUUGUAUACGAUGUGGUACUAUGUAGAUGGGUUUGCAACUAUGGAUCUAGAAAGAGGAUAUGUGUUGGCAAAAUUCACCAAGAAGGAGGAUAUGGUUGAUGUUUUGCAGAAGGCACCGUGGUUAGUUGGGGAUUCGUACUUGUAUAUCCAGCAAUGGGAUACCUCAUUUGAUGCAGCAACACAUGUGAUUAGCUCUACAACGGUGUGGGCGAGAUUACCCGGCUUGCCGUGUGGAAGGGUUGGGCAUAUGGAAGAGACUUGCCCCUUUAAAGGGGAGAAAGCACCGGGAAUAGAGGUGGAGGAUGACUCCGACGAUAAGCCGGCGUGGACAUCGGAAGUUGGUGCGUCGGAGAUGGGGAUGGGUGGUAAAGGAAACAACAUGGCCAACAAACCCGUGAAGCCUGAUUGGAUUUUUGCUCCUAAAAGAGGAAGACCUAGAUCGCAAAGACCACAAUCGGUCCCCUCAAUAGUCCUAAUUCGGUGCAAGCAAAUGGGUCUAGAUUCGACGCCUUGUCGGAUUUACAUGAAGAAGCAGAAGAGGUUCCACAGAAUCUGUCAGCCCUUUCCUAAUGCCAUUCGAGUUCAAUCAGAACUGGAUGAGGGGAAACAUCAAGCAGUGAUUAUCAAACAUCCAUCCACAUCAAAGCUAGAUACUAUGGGGAUGGAUUGUGAUGAUGAGGUCGCAGUAGCAGAACUAUCAGGAUUGGAGAGCAUCGUGAAGGAACCUCCUGGUGGUGCAAUAAUGAUGGAAGUGGUGCAGGGCUCCAGUGAGAAAGUCCCACCGGGUGUAGCUUUUGAUGAUGAUUGCGAAUUGGGAACGAUGCUCCUGAAUUGCGAUAAGCCACAAGUAGUGGCGGUGCUUGAACCCCGAAUUAGCGGGAAGGAUGCAGAUACUUUUAUCAGAAGAACCAAGUUUGAUCGAUCGUUUCGAGUUAAGGCCAGGGGAUUCUCGGGUGGUAUAUGGGUGGAUUGUGUUGAGGUGGAGGUGCUGGCUUGUCACAGCCAAUAUGUACACACCAAAAUUAUUGCUGGGGGUAAAGAGAUGUUUGUUACCAUCAUCUAUGGCAGCCCCAAUAGGCUGCUAAGGAGGGCAUUGUGGGAUCAAUUGUAUGAAAGAAUGGAGUGGCCAUGGCUGGUGGGAGGAGAUUAUAAUAGUAUUUUGUAUGAUGAGGAAUCACUGGGAGGAUCGAAUAGCAGGAACAUUGUAUGCUUGGAGUUUGCAGAAUGGUUGUUUGAUAAUCAGUUGCAUGAACUGCCCACUGAUGGAAUCAGAUUUACGUGGAAGAGGGGGAAUUUGGAGAGAAGGCUCGACCGUUUCAUAUGUAAUGAGAAAUGGUCGGAUGAUUUCCCAGGAUCUUUGACUAUUCACCUGUCGAAAAUGAGAUCAGACCACAAUCCAUUGUUGGUUCGUCUCAGCUCCACGAAGUCGAAGGUAAUUUUCUCUAAGUCGGUGGAGCAUGAUCAUGGGCUUUCUCUUGCACAAUCCAUGGGAUUUGAGAUAGUUGCUGAUUUGGGGGUUUACUUGGGGAUGCAACUGUUGCAUGGUAGAAUAACAAAAAAAACGUAUGGGUCCAUACUUGAUAAGGCCAGGAAGCGGCUAAGUGGGUGGGCAGCAUCCACGUUGAGCUUUGCCAGAAGAGUAACGUUGGCACAGUCUGUACUUACAACCUUGCCAUAUUAUGCCAUCCAAUCGUCGCUUUUGCCAGUAUCACUUUGUGACGAGAUGGAGAAGCUUUGCCGGCGUUUCAUAUGGGGUGGUGGAGACAACACCAGGAAGCUGAGUCUCGUCCCGUGGAAAAAAGUCUGUGAGAAGAAGGAGUUUGGGGGAUUGGGUUUUAGAAAUCAAAGGCAAAUGAAUUGGGCCUUCAUCCUAAAGUUGGGCUGGCAGAUUGUAACAAAUAAAGAAGCUCUCUUGACAAGGGUCAUGAGGGAUAAAUAUGGCCUGGAAGAAGGAGUGGGUUAUCAACUUCCAACCAAGCCCAAAAGCUCCCCUUGUUAUAAGGCAAUCGCGAAGGCAUGGCCCAUUAUGUUCAAGGCGUGUAGAUGGGUAGUCAAUGAUCGCCAAGAAAGCUUGAAGAUGGUAGGGGCAAUACCGGUGACAAGGGAAUGGCGGUUGCUGGCAUGGUCACCUCCACCGACAGAAUGGAUUAAAUUAAACACUGAUGGUGCCCUGAAUACUAACACCGGAUGGGCAACUGUUGGUGGCUUGUUGAGGGACUGCACUGGAGGGUGGUGCGGUGGCUUUUCAAUGAACAUUGGGUACUGCUCAAUUGCGGGGGCAGAGAUUUGGGGACUUUUGCAAGGCCUGCAACUAGCAUGGGACAAGGGGUAUAGGAAGCUAGAGGCGGAGGUGGAUAAUGAAAGUGUAGUAAGGCUAGUGCUAGCAAAGGAGCCGAAUUCGGGAGUGCAUUUGGAAAUUUUGCAUGCCAUCAAGGAACUCAUGAGCAGAAGCUGGGAAGUGAAGUUAGCACAUGUGCAUCGUGAAAAGAAUUUUGCAGCCGACUAUAUGGCCGCCUUGGCAGUGUCAAAUCCUCCGGGACUACAUAGGAUGGAUUUCCCACCAUCAAGGGUUAGAAACUGGCUAUUCCACAUCGGGGUGGCACACCCGAUAAAUGUAAUAGUAUCGGAGCUGUAA